AUGACGCAGCCAACCCCAGUGUCUUGUCUAAUCGCCUCGAAGCCCCAAAGCGACGACAUCGAUCACGACGUUGCGCGACUCAGCGAGCCGGUGACAGCACCAUGCAACAUUUGUCUGCUCGACCGACCCGUCGAGCGUGCCUACCAGUGCCCGCACUGCGACGCUAAAGUCUGCUACGACUGCUUUCACGCGUACUUGACGCACCAGAUCGACAACGGCAACAUUGCACCACAUCAGCUCGUGUGUCCGGGCGACUGCCGGCAACCCGUGCCGCGCCACGUUCUGGCGCGCGUCUUGUCGGCGAGUCAUCUUCAAAAAUACGUUCGCUUUCUCGAAGCGUACGAGCUCCGGCAGCGCGGCCGUCGGUACUGCCCGCGACCGCAGUGCGGCCAGCUGCUUCCGACAUCAGCCUCGCGCAAGAACAAGAACAAGCGCCGCGUCGACUGCCCGAGUUGCCAGAAGUCGUCGUGCCGCGACUGUGGCGGCGACUACCAUCGGUGGUCACGCUGUGACCACGCGUACCGGGUGUGGUGCGAGAAGCACGGCGCGCAGCGCUGUCCACACUGCUCGAUCAUGAUUGAAAAGGUGAAUGGCUGCCCCCGCAUGGAGUGCGCGCGCUGUGGCUUUGAGUUUUGCUGGCAGUGCCGCGUGGCCUUGGACGAUCACAACGCCGCGCUGUGCCCGCUGCGCUCGAUGGCACGCUCCGAGCACCGGUAUUUUGGCCCCGUGUCGCCCGUCCGGUUUGUGACCAAGACGGUGGCGGGUGUUGCGGGUGCGUGCGUCGUUGUAGUCGUCGUCACGAUCGCGGUGCCGCCAGUCGCCAUCCUUUACGCCUAUUGCCAAAUCCGUUAUGGUCAUGGGUUCCCCUUGUUUGGCACAUGA